AUGCUCGGGGGCGGCUCGGCAAGCCCGGAGCGCGAGGCGGAGGAGCCCGUGGCGGGGGCGCGGGCGGCAGCGGGGCCGCCUGCCAUCGACUUUCCCGCGGAAGUCUCGGACCCCAAGUACGACGAGUCUGAUUUUCCCACGGAACUCCAGGUGUUAAAGGAACCCCUGCAACAACCCACUUUCCCUUUCACAGUGGCAAACCAACUUCUGCUGGUCUCUUUGUUGGAGCACUUGAGCCAUGUUCAUGAACCGAACCCACUUCAUUCAAAACAGGUGUUUAAAUUGCUCUGCCAGACCUUCAUCAAGAUGGGACUGCUGUCUUCUUUUACCUGCAGUGAUGAGUUCAGCUCAUUGAGACUACAUCACAACAGAGCCAUUACUCACCUGAUGAGGUCUGCCAAAGAGAGAGUUCGGCAGGAUCCUUGUGAAGAUAAUUCAUAUAGGCAGAAAAUCAGGCCCAGGGAAAUAGCCUUUGAAGCACAAACUUCACGUUACUUAAAUGAAUUUGAAGAGCUUGCCAUCUUGGGAAAAGGAGGAUAUGGAAGAGUAUAUAAGGUCAGGAAUAAACUAGAUGGUCAGCAUUAUGCAAUUAAGAAAAUUCUGAUUAAGGGUGCAACUAAAACAGAUUGUAUGAAGGUUCUACGGGAAGUAAAGGUUCUGGCAGGCCUUCAACACCCUAAUAUCGUUGGCUAUCACACCGCAUGGAUAGAGCACGUGCAUGUGGUCCAGCCACAAGACAGAGUUCCUCUUCAGCUGCCCUCUCUUGAAGUACUCCGGGUCCAGGAAGAGAAUGGAGAUAUAUAUGGUAUUAAAAACGAUGAAAGCAGCUCAUCCAUUAUCUUUGCCGAGCUCACUUCAGAAAAUGAAAAACCCUUUGAAGAGUCUGACAUUAAAAAUCAGAACAACAAAUUGGUGAGCUGUACCACAGGGUUGGUCAUCAGGGACAGUGAUGAAACUGAAGCAUCUCAUGAGCUCCAAGGACAAGGUGUGGCUGACGUGUCUGCCAGAUCUCUUGUUAAGCAUCAGGUGCUGAGUGGGCCUGACUCGGACCUGGAAGGGGAUUUCAUAUCCACAGAGGAGUCUUCUGAAGAUAAUGUGAACCUGCUGGGGCCGACAGAGGUGCGGUACCACCUGAUGCUACACAUACAGAUGCAGCUGUGCCAGCUCUCCCUGUGGGACUGGAUAGCAGAGAGAAACACGCGGAGCCGGGAGUAUGUGGACGAAGCUGCCUGUCCUUAUGUUAUGGCCAGUGUUGCCACAAAAAUUUUUCAAGAGUUGGUGGAAGGCGUGUUUUACAUACAUAACAUGGGAAUUGUCCACAGAGAUCUGAAGCCUAGAAAUAUUUUUCUUCAUGGCCCUGACCAGCAAGUGAAAAUAGGAGACUUUGGCCUGGCUUGUGCAGACAUCAUACAGCAGAACGCAGACUGGACCAAUGGUAAUGGGAAAGGACCAUCGGCACAUACUUCCAGAGUGGGGACGUGUCUGUACGCUUCGCCUGAGCAGUUGGAAGGAUCGGAGUAUGAUGCCAAGUCAGACAUGUAUAGCUUGGGUGUGAUCCUGCUUGAGCUCUUCCAGCCGUUCGGGACAGAGAUGGAGCGAGCGGAGGUUUUGACAGGAGUAAGGGCCGGUCGUAUACCAGAGUCCCUCAGUAAAAGAUGUCCAGUGCAAGCCAAGUAUAUCCAGCUCCUGACUGGGAGGAACGCGUCCCAGAGACCAUCUGCUCUUCAGCUGCUACAGAGUGAACUUUUCCAAACGUCUGGGAAUGUUAAUCUCACCCUACAAAUGAAGAUAAUAGAGCAAGAAAAGGAAAUAGAAGAACUAAAGAAGCAGCUGAGCCUCCUUUCUCAGGACAAAGCCGCGAAGGGAUGACCUACCUGUCUGGCUCUAGUCAGGCUGUAACUGAUGAAAAUGGAAUCACACUUCAAUAGUCACUGCAAUGCCAAUUUUUGAUCUUUAGCAGAGUAUAAAUGGUGUGACUUCCCAAGUCUGUACAAGACUUGUUAAAGAUGGCAAAGCCCUCAUGACCCAGCUGCUCUAAAUUAUGCCUGUUCCUUGCUUCUUCUCCCACAAGCCUCUUUUCUGAGUGACCCCAACUCAGAAACUAAAAGUUUGGUCAUCUCCCUAUUACUCUGAAUUAUUGUUGACCAUCCUGUCCUCUGGAAGGUUCUACUGCAGAAGUCAGAGUGCUUCCCUUGCCCGGGCUGUACAGCAGCGGGGCUAUUGCUGUUCUGCCAGCUGCCAGCCUUCCCUGUCCUUUCACACUGUCAUCGAGGCCAGUUACCAGAAAGACACCCACUCCCGCCUUUGCUCGCAGCCUUGGGGCUGUGCACUGCAUCGACGGUCAACAUUCAGCGUCCAGCGCACUGCCCUCCGGCUUCUGUGUUCUUACCUUCAGUUUGUCAUCUCACACUGCCCUCAGGAGAUCUCAGCAGAGGCACCAUCUUCCCUGCCUUUACCACUGUUCCAUGACCCUUUCCUUUAUCAUAGCCCUCAACUCCCCAAAUCUGACAUUCCUCAGACCACUUUUGAGCCCCACAAAGUAUCUCCACCUGGCUGGCAGUCAACAGUAUACUGCACGUGAUGUUAGUGAAUUUUAAAUAAAAUGAAACCAAUCGAU